UACAAAAGCUCUUCAGCUGCAAGAGUUGACGAAUUAUAUAUUGACUCUUCAUCUCAUAUAAUGGAGGACACCAGACCAGCAGGAGAGGACAUGUUUGAGUCCUUGGAGGAGUUCUACAUGGUCCUGAAUGAGCUGGUUGGGGACAAGAGCAUGGACAAGAUCCGGGUGGAGUACGAGAAGCUGAUCCAAGCACUGAAGAAGUCCAGAGAGAACGAGAAGAGGCUGAUGUCCAAAUGCAGGGAGCUGAACGCAGAAGUUGUGUCCACUUCAACUAAAGUGGCAGCUGCUCUGAAGCUGUCCCAGGAAGAUGAGACUACAAUAGCUUCACUAAAGAGGGAGCUGGACAAAGCUUGGAAAAUGGUCGAUGCUGCUCAUGAUAAAGAGAAGAGAGACAAAGAGACCAUCAAGAAUUUAAGAGAAGAAGUUGCCAACCUGAUGAAUACAGCUGAACAACAGUCUGGUUUCUCUAUGAGCCAAGAGCAGAGUGAUCUACUAAAAAUAACUGAGGAGUUGACUAAGGAGAGGGAUGAACUGCGGACCACUGUGGAGGGUCUGAGAGAAAAACUAAACACUUCCACCGCAGCCAUGCAGGAGAUAGAGAGCCAGCGAGACACAGCCUCAGAGAAUAUUUCUCAGCUCCAGCAGGAGCUUCAGGUACAACAGAAUGAGAUUUCAAGGGAGAUGAGGCUGAAGGAGAAGCUGGACAAGGAGCUGAAGCAGCUGCACGUGGACAUGGAGGCCAAGAUGGCAGAAAUCAAAGGUCUGAGUCUGCAGGGUCAAAGGUCAAAAGAGGAGCAGCAGAGACUGGAGCAGCAGCUCAAAGAGCUGAAGAUGUUGCAUGAGCGCUCCACCAAGGAUCUGGAGCAGACGCAGGGGAAGAACAACAAGCUGCUGCAGGAGUGUGAGCAGCUCUCAUCAGUCAGAGAACAUCUCUCGCUGGAGAACCAGCAGAUCACAAACGAGCUCAAGAUGAGAGACGAGGAGGUGAGUCAGAUGCGUCAGGAGAUCUCCAAACAAACCAAGAUGAGAGAAACCAUCCAGAAGAAGUUCCAUCAGGUGGAGGAUCAGAAAGCUGAUGUGGACGUGCAGAGAGAGACUCUGAAAGCUCAGAUAGCCGGUCUGGAGAAAGAUCUUGAAUCUUCUCAAAAGCAAGUUGAAACUGACAGAAAAGCCAUAGACGAGCUUAUCAGAGAGAGAGAUAUCUUAAAUAAGAACAUGAUCAAAGCUGCACAGUCGACUGAGAAGCAGCAGAACCUUGUGAAGCUGUUGGAGCAGGACAAGAAGACGUUAGAACACGAGAUCAGCGGCUACCGCCAGGAGGCCCAGAAGCAGCGCAAGAUCAUCCAGCAGCUGGAGAAGGAGCGGGACCGCUACAUCAACGAGACCAGCAACCUCAUGCAGAAGGUGCAACAGAAAAUGACAGACGUUGAAGUGAGAGAGAUGGAGAUUUUUGACUGGAGGAAGAAGGUGACUGAGGCAGAGUGCAAGCUGAAACAGGAAGAGAACCUGCUGGAGUCUGUGGUGUCUGAAAGGAACCUCUACAGCAAGAACCUCAUCGAGGCUCAGGAAGAGAUUGCAGAGAUGAAGAGGAAGAUGAAGACCAUGAACAACCAGGUGACCAGAUUAAGAGAUGAGAUCAGUGGGAAGGAGGCGACCCUCGCCAAGGACCAGCAGGAACACAAGCGUUUGGAGAAGGAUAACGAGGCCCUCAAGGGGGAGCUGCAGCUGAUGAAGCUCCAGCUUGAAGAAACGAAGCAGCGCGUCGACAGUCAGAAAGCAGAGCAGCAAAAACUGCACAAGAUCAUAGCCGACGCUGAUGCUGAGCAGAUCCAACAGAAGAAACAACUGGAGCAGGUGAUCAGAGAGCGAGACAACCUGGGCAAACAGCUGCUGCAGCGCAACGAGGAGCGAGCUCUGCUCUACGAGAAGAUCAGGAUCCAGGAGGCCAUCCUCAGUAAAGGAGACUUCCACUACAACAUCAGGAUGGAGGACAUCCGCCUCCUCAAGCUGGAGAUCAGAAGGCUCCGCCGCAAGAAGAGCAUCCUGGACAAGACCGUCCCCAACACAGAGGAGCUGAGGCGAGAACUGUUCCACCUGCAGAGGGAGCUGCUGAGAGAGAGGAGCAGGAACAGCGUCCUGGAGGAGCAGCUGAAGCCCAUCAACAUCCACCGCUGGAGGAGACUGGAGGGCAGUGACCCGGGCCAGUAUGAACUCAUCCAGAAGGUUCAGUCUUUACAGAAACGACUCAUCGCCAAGACGCAGGAGCUCCAGGAGCAUGAACUCCUGUUACAGGAAAAGGAGAAGCUGUAUGUGGAGCUGAAGCAGAUUCUGUCCCGUCAGCCGGGUCCAGAGGCAGCGGAGCAGCUGCAGCAGAGCCAGUGGCUCAUCAGAGAGAGGACCAAGAAGCUCAAGGCGCUGAUAGCAGAGCUGAGGAUGCUCGACUCAAAGAUGAACGAGUACAAGAGUGAGAAUCAGAGAUUAGCUAACGAGCUAGCAAACAUUAAGAAGAAGUACCUCAGCCAGAAAAAGCUUCACAGUGAGCAGAGGACCCAGACGAAGGUGGAGCAGCUGGAGCCGCUGCCUCAGCUGAGCAGCAAACCUCACUUCACUGGAGGAGGCUUCAGGAUCGACAACCCCGUCAAGAGAUAACGGCCUUUAGUAGGGAAGAUUUAAUGAGCCAUCUGAAAAGUGUCUAUUACCACAUAAACCGACAUGAUCAAGUUCGAAAAAAUUCAAAUAUUUCAAUCAUUCUCUCCCAAAAACACUUUUACAAUGUAGAUGCAUAGUAUUAAAUCAUGACUUUGUUGCUAAUUAUUGUAUCAUAAAACUGCUGCUAAGUUCUAUCGGGCAAUCAGAAAGGAAAUACAACUAAUUUUCAUCCUUCAGUCCAAUCUGUAAAUCAUGAUCGAAGAAAUAUAAGAAAUAAAUAUUAGAACAUUGUUUUCUUUGAUUUCUUGUUCAUUUGAAUGCCUGGUA